GCUAGUGAUAUACUUUCUCAUUUCUCAUCACCUUCCUCAUAAAUAAUAUUCUCUCUUUCAAAGAAAAUUCACCAUAUAAUAAUACUCCAAUUCUCUUCAUCUUCAUUUAUCUUUCUUGUAUCAAGAUCCAAAGGCAAAAAAUUGCACAUUAGAAAUCAACAGGUUGAUUGUUUCGCUCCUGUAUACUAAAAUUAUAUUUCACUACUCAGCUAGCUAGGAAUCAUUUGUUUAUCGAUUUAUGGGGUUGAAUACUAAGUUGGUUUCAAUUGAGGAUGAUGGUCUAGAUAAUUGGACCACCACCACCCACAAUACUCCACCGGAACCACCGUCGAUAAGGCGGCAGCCGCCACCAAAAUCGGAGCAAUUGAAAUGUCCAAGGUGUGAUUCAAUCAACACUAAAUUUUGUUACUACAACAAUUACAACAAGUCACAGCCUAGACAUUAUUGUAAAGGUUGUAAAAGGCAUUGGACCGAAGGUGGCACCCUUCGUAACGUUCCGAUAGGCGGUGGGCGAAAAAAUAAACGUUUAAGGCCUACUGAUCCCGUUGAUUAUAUAACUGGAAGGAAACAUGUCAGAUUAGAAAUAAACGAUCAGAGGUGUCCAUUAAUCACCACGACGAGUAUGACCAAUAGUAUUACAAGUUCCAUAUUGCCAAGUGUCACAAUAACGGGAAAUAGUACUAUUACUAGUACUAUAGAUGAAGAUUUCAAAAAUCUUCCUUCAUACUCAAUACCUUAUGACAUAUUUUCAAAUAUUUCUCAAGAUCAUGGGAAUACACAUUUUUCAUUAAUUCCCAAUUCUAGUACUAAUACUCAAUUAUCUUCAAAUGUUUAUAAUAAUUAUGAACAUAUGGGGAAGUUUGAUAGUACAAUAUUGGAGGAGUCAACAAUAACUACAAUUAUGCCAAUUACAAGCAGCAGUACUGAUCUUCUUUCUCAUGAGCCAUGGAAAGUUCCAGAAACAAGCAAUUAUGAUCUUAUUAUAGAUGAAAAUAUGUCAAGUAAUUACUGGAAUUGGAACGAAUUCGAGACGUUGAGUAAUGCAGCCGAUCUCAAUAAAGCAUGGGAUGAUUUAGAGAUCAAACCAUAAGAGGAUGAUCAAGAGAAAUGUUUGUAUAUUGAUUAGUUAAUUAAAGGAUUUGUUUUGAUGUAAAUUUAAUUUGGGUUCAUGCUGGGCUAAUGUUCAAGCUAAGUCUUGUUAAUUAGUACUAUUAAUGUUACCAUUAACCUUUUUUUCCCUCAAAAAAUGCAUAUCCCUUUUUAUAAUCAGCUUUCAUGCUAUAAUAAUGUUGUGUUUUCCAUUCUCUCUUUUGA